GCGUUGGUUCCGUUCAGGUCGUAUUUUCGACGUCUGCUCCUGUGUCUGCGCCAAGGGAAACAAAACGUGCUAACGUGCCGAGAUAGACAGUGAGAGUGAGCAAGGAGAAACUGCUAAUAUCGUACGUGCUGCGGGCAAAUACCAUCGAAUUCGAAUUGACGCGCGCUCGUGUGUGUAUGACUUGGGUUUUUGUGGUGUGUAAGCGUCGCAACUGGAACUCCAUGCCAGCCCCAUCGAUUCGCUAACUAUUCUCCCCUGGAACGACAGUGGGUUGGCAAAGGGUAAACAGCCCGUACAAAUCUACCGUUUUACGAGGUGAGCCACGGCUUUUAAUUCAUUCAAACCGGCGAUCGCUCGCCUCGUGGUUCGUCUCACCUUGCCGGCCAGUGACCAAUCGUGAUCGGAUCCAGUGAACCAAUCAAGCAAAUAAAACAAAAUCUAGUGAAGUGUGCACAUUUUUUUCUGUGAUUACUGCUUUUACGUUCGAAGUGAAAGCGCGUGUUGGCGAUUUUUGUUUUGUUUCGAGACGAAGCGUGUGUGUUUUUCGGUAAAUUUGUCGCUUCGGCCAUCGCAUUGUUCCGUCGGGUUCCUAACGAACCGAAUGGCGUCAGUUGGUAGUACGUUCUGAGAACUGGCUGCCGAUUAAUAUUUUAUUUGAGGCAAAUAAAAACAAGCGAAGCGUUUAAAACGAGCUGGAGAUUGAGAGAAGGGAAAAGCAUUGGACGAAGCCAGUUACUAUUCAGUGCCGUCGGGGGAUCAGGUUUCGAUCUUUUCAUCGCCGAUCCACUUGCCAUUUAGAAAAACUGUCGUUCGAGUGCAAUAUUUCGGACGAAAUUGAUUCAACCGACGCCGAUAUGAAGCUGGAUUAAACAAGUCUAACGGGAGUGAUCGAAUUGUGCUCAGCGAGAAGCGGAUUAACAAGCGGAGAGUAAAUUGAAAGAAAAAAAAACAAGAAAGGUUUUCGUUAACGACUACAGAAACGGGGAAGCAGAAAAAGAGUGAAAAUAAUUGGCUUUUCUCAAAGGUGAAGCGGUAGGAAAAUCGUUGCUGGUCCAUCGUUAUUAGUGUUGCAAUUUUUCACCAUUACCCGACGGCAAAACUGGUACCGUCGGAAAACCAAGUGAAAAGCAGUGUUGUAAAAAAACGUGCGAUUAAUUAUCAAACGUGUGGGAGUUUCGGGAAAUUGCCAAUUCUUUUCGAUUUUAGUGGUGUUAAUUGUGAAGCGUCGGUAGUUUGAAGUGCCUGCAACCAAGUGGUAACGAAUUCGGUUGAAAAACGGGAGAAAAUCAGAUCAAUAAUCACACCAUUAAUACGAUCAAAUAUGCAGUUCAGGUUGGAGCAAUUUGUUCGCCAGAAAUCGUUCCAGAGUUCGGUUGCCGUCGAUUGCAGUCAUCGUCAGGCCUGCCAUCGCUAGCAGGGUUUGUUUUGUAUUUGGUCUGUUAUCAGUCGUACUAGGAUUACCAGUGCGUGAGUGAGGGGUAAUUGAUUCACUGUGACAAGUAGUAACUAAACACCGAUUGUUUCGAAUCAUCACUGCUUUCGUUAUUGGAACGGCUAGUUUCCAACAGUGACACCAUGUACCCGAAUGCGGGAAUCAAUGCUGCGGCCGUCGCUAACCGACAUCCGGGUCCACCGCAGUCGACGCAGCCGUUUAAGUUCACCAUAACGGAGAGUUGCGAACGGAUAAAGGAGGAGUUCAACUUCCUGCAAGCACAAUAUCACAAUUUGAAAAUGGAAUGUGAAAAAUUAGCUCAGGACAAAACGGAAAUGCAGCGGCACUAUGUGAUGUACUACGAGAUGUCAUACGGCCUAAAUGUAGAAAUGCACAAACAGACGGAGAUCUCGAAAAGGUUAAACGCAAUAAUUACACAGAUUGUACCUUUCCUGUCCCAGGAACACCAGCAGCAGGUUCUGACAGCGGUAGAACGGGCGAAGCAGAUCACAAUGUCCGAACUGAACGCUGUGAUAGGGCAGCAACAACGUCCCGAUCUGCCCCGGUUGCUACAGCAGAUGCACGCCCAACAAAUCCCCGGAGCACACGGAGCCCCUCCGAUGCCGGUGGGGAUGCCCCACCCUAGUCUCGGCCCAGGCGGUCUCGGUGGUCCGCUGGGAGCUCUCGGUAGUACCCCACCGCAGCACCCUUUGGCCAUUCUGAACAAGCAGGAACUUCACCGACCGGAAGAGUCCAAGAGCAGCAAUAGCAACAUUAUGCCGCUGGAUGAUCGGCAUCGAAGUUCAAUCUCUCCAAAUGAUCGGGACAAGUACCGACCCCGAACACCCGAAUCUUCCCAUGAGCUAAAGAAAGUGAAGAAGGAAGAAAAGGAUAUGGGUCAUCAGUCCGAUGGUGAAAAGUCUGACCAGGAUUUGGUAGUGGAUGAUGCGUCCGAGAUUAACCCGAUGAGUCCGAUGCCAAAUCAACAUCAUAAUGGUACCGCCUCCCCUCGAGAAAACGGCAUGAUGCCCAAAAAGAUGGACGUUCAAGACCGAGAACGUAUAGGAACACACUCUCCACGAUCAGGAACAUCGUCGAACGCUUCCACCCCGUCAAACAAAAAGCUAGACGAUAAACCCACGACGCCGAUCGCUAAACCUGCCACGCCUACCAAUUCGGCUGCCAGCAACGGUGUCCCGAAGGUUGUAAAUAAACCGCCGGUGUUAAAUCCGGGUUAUCCACCGUACCUCGGAGGUCCUCUUAAUGGUGCUCCUCACGAACUGCAAGCCGCUUACGCUGGACCUGGGGUGCACAAUAAUCUGCCGCAUCCGCUGAACAGCUAUGCCCGUGUUGCCUUCGAACCGCAUCCACAGAUGCGUGCUCCACUCGGACCGAUCGCUAUCCCUGGUGGAAAACCCGCCUAUUCCUUUCACGUAAACGCCGAAGGUCAAAUGCAGCCAGUGCCCUUUCCUCAGGAUGCCCUGGUAGGUCCAGGGAUACCACGGCAUGCUAGACAAAUUAGUUCCCUGACUCACGGCGAAGUGGUGUGCGCCGUCACGAUCUCGAAUCCCACAAAGUACGUGUACACCGGUGGUAAAGGUUGCGUCAAGGCGUGGGAUAUCUCCCAGCCCGGAAACAAGAAUCCAGUCUCGCAGUUGGAUUGUUUGCAACGUGACAACUACAUUCGUUCGGUGAAACUUUUGCCCGACGGUCGGACACUGAUCGUCGGUGGCGAAGCCUCCAACCUAUCCAUUUGGGAUCUCGCUAGUCCAACACCUCGCAUCAAGGCCGAACUGACCUCGAAUGCACCAGCCUGCUACGCGCUGGCUAUCUCUCCCGACUCGAAAGUGUGCUUCUCGUGCUGCUCCGACGGCAACAUUGCCGUGUGGGAUCUGACGAGCCAGACGUUGGUGCGGCAGUUCCAAGGUCACACCGAUGGAGCUUCCUGUAUCGAUAUUAGUGCCGAUGGCUUGAAACUGUGGACCGGCGGAUUGGACAACACCGUGCGAUCCUGGGAUUUGCGAGAGGGUCGACAACUGCAGCAACACGAUUUCAGCUCGCAGAUCUUCUCGCUCGGUUAUUGUCCGACUGGCGACUGGCUUGCGGUCGGUAUGGAGAACUCCAACGUUGAGGUACUACACGCCAACAAACCGGACAAAUACCAGCUCCAUCUGCACGAGAGCUGUGUGCUAAGCUUGAAGUUUGCUGCCUGCGGCAAAUGGUUCGUUUCCACCGGCAAGGACAACCUGCUGAAUGCGUGGAAAACACCGUACGGUGCCUCGAUCUUCCAGUCGAAGGAAUCAUCCUCCGUGCUAAGCUGUGAUAUCUCCGCUGACGAUAAAUACAUCGUGACCGGAUCGGGCGAUAAAAAGGCAACCGUCUAUGAGGUCAUUUACUAGGCGUACGCCGAUGAGUUCGAUUGUUCGCUUUAACCCAAUACGGCUACGUGCAGACUAGAACCAAACUGGAACCGAAAGUGUCAUAGAUUUUGCUGAACAAGCUCCGUUGAGGGCCUGCUCUUGUAGGCAAAACCAAAAGAAUGAACAGUAACUUUAUCAAACACACACACAAUGCUAAAUAACAAUACAAACAACAGCAAAAAAAACUGUAAAGCCUGAUUACACUCAUUAAGUUACACUGUAAGAAAAAGAAAGAUAUUAUUCGUAGUGGAAUCAGUUCAAGGUAUAAGUUAUAAGUUGAAUAUUAGCUUCUUUCUCAUCCUCGUUAGAGUAAAACCAGAAAAUAGAAGGAAAAAACAAACAAAUGUAUAAUAGUGCGAUCAAUUUCGGACGAUGUUUAAUAUAUUGAAUUGUAAAAAGAAACCUUAUUCGAUUUAUCCUUUGCUGAAAUCCUGUGAGAACGCUUUCCUCGAAUUGUGCCGAAGGCAUUCGACUUCACCUAGUAUAUGGAAAAUGGCGAAUAUUGAGUACCAAGUUGUUCCUAUUUUCAAGGAACGUAUUUGUUUUUUUUGUAGAGAACAAGAUAAUUUAAACUAGACUCUCCAAAAAACGGUAGACAUUAUUGAUUGAUUCCCAUAUUCGCUAUUAUCAGUAGUAGAAAAAUGUCACAAUCAGCUUUACCUUGUUUGUAAGCUUUGGAAAAUAAGAUUUAGGACAAGUCUGUAAAGGUCAACUCCCUUAAAGUUAGCGAUUGCUAGAACAUUUUCUGUUUGUAGAUUAUCAACACUCGGAGAUUAGGGUAGACGCUCUUUCCUCUCAGGAUGGGCAAAAAGGAAGUAUGAGCUAAUUUGAAAACAAAAGAGAAAUUUAAUUCGAUUUAAAAAUACUAAAACAAAAGAAUAUACCUUGCGAGAGCGAAGUAACGUAGUUUACUAAAUGGAAUAAUACGCACUGUGGCUACGGAUUUGUAGUCCUGCUGAAAUAUGUAAAGAUAUUGUGUAAUUAUUGUUUUUAUGACAAAAAUACAGAAAAUUGUUCUUAUUUUUAA